UUAGUCUAGAUUUAUUGUGAUAAUAUGAUAUUUUUUGUUGAAGAAGAUUAUUCAAAUUCAUAAUCAUACAAAUAAAUAUUAUCCUUUACGUUUAUUUCAUGAAAACAACCAUAGUGGCGCGCUUAAAUUCAACGGAAAUUCAGAAAUAUCCCGGCUUUUUGAGACGAAAAGUUUAUAUCAUUUUCGUUCUUUGAUGUUCAAAAAGUUAAAACGUUAAAAAUAUAUGAGACAUUUAUUUGAAAGUUUGAUUACGUUCAGUUUAUUGGCAAGAAUUUCGAGUUGCAAGAAUUUGCGAAAUUUCAUUAACAAAGUGAAGGUUAACCGUCACAAGUAAACAAAAUGAUGCAGAUGAAUAAAAAAGGAUAUAAAGAAUUGCUGAUGCAGAGAAUGUUCUUAGCUAUUAUCUCCAGCAUAACGGUACAAUUCUUACUUGUGACUUUUUUACUUUUAAUUACGAAUUUGAACAUGGAUUAUAACACAUGGAUUCAAAACACAUGGAUAGCGGUAACCUCCUCUCAAAUGUGGAGUUAUUUCUGCGUUCUUGCCACCAUUACAUUCUUUCAAGGAAUUAUUUGUAUCAAAAAUUACUCAAAUAUGCCAUCCUACUCAAAGAAAUGGGUUUCUUUUGACUUCAAACAAAGCAGUGUAUUUAAUAUUGAUGAAUCUGGAAUGACGCUUCCUGAAAUAUUAUCUAUAGAUAAAGUGCCAAUAAUGCAACACUUAGGCUACUUAGACUUAGUUACAAUAACGCAGAAAGAUAAAGCUAGAAGAAGUGUCUUAUUCACAUUGAGUCAACCUGGAGGUCAUCCUUACAAUUGGAACUGUGUUGUGGAAAAAUGUACUAGUCUCAUCAAGAAAUUUUCUGAUGAUCUUAAUGCGUGCAUUAAACCUCAGGAACCAAAGCUAUCUCUUUGUGCUCCGAGUUCAACAAUAACAGACAUUAGUGUAUUUCAAAAACAAUAUAUAUAUCAUAUGCGCAAUUUAAUAAAAGAAGAGAUACCAAUUUGUACAGAACAAAGUGAUAUGAAAAAGGAUGUUGACAGUGAACUAUACAUCCAAAAGUUCAUAAAAACAAAGUGGAAUAAUUUUCUUACAUAUUUACUUUCUAAACGACUUAUUGCAUAUAUCUUUGGCGAAAUAGAAGGUGGAAAAGUAUGUCAUAUUUUAUUUAAUGGACAAACAGUAAUUUGGGCUGCAGAUGCAAUUUCAUCUCUGGCUGUGUUGUCUUUAAAUGAAGAUUCUUAUGGAAUUGCUCAAAAAGAUUUAUCACUCAUAAUCAAUACCUUACUUACAUUAAAGCAAAUUCUUGAUAAAUUACAAAGAACAAAUCUUAUGACAAAGAAACAAUAUGGAGAUGAUAAAUUCAUUAAACAAAUUUUUCAUUCUUUACGUGCAGCAGCAAAAAGAAGUCUUUACAGAAUUGUUACAAAUUUUGAAAUUUAUAUAGGAGAUUUAGAACUAGAAACAACAACAAUAGAACAAUUACACAGUUUCCUUGCUUAUAGAGAAUAAAUUUUCAUCAUUUAAUAGCAAAAUUUGGUGUAUAUAUAUUUAUAAAUACUUUCUACUUGUAUCUAAAUGAUACUUUCAAUAUAUGUUACAAAUAUUGUAAGAUUAUUUUUUGUAAUUGUUAUAUUGAUAUACAGGAACAAACUAUACUUGUGAUUAAUACAUAGCUUUUUUUUACUUAACUUUACUAAAUGUAGAUUAUUGUAAAAAAUUAAUUAUACAUUUAAAAUUCUAAAUGUACUAACAUAAUUAAGUUUGUAAGAUAUUGCAAUAAAUUGAUUAUUUU